AUGGAAUCGUUUACUGUCUUUCGUGGUCAAGGAAUGUCCAAGACCAACUUUGAUCGGAUGGUCAAAACACAAGGUGGACUUUUAUCAUUUAAUAAUUUUGUAUCGACUAGUACGCAACGUCAAGUAUCACUUAACUUUGCUCGUGAAACGAUGGAAUCUUCCGAUCUUGUUGGUAUUUUGUUCGUCAUGAAAAUUGAUCCAUCGAUCGCAUCAAUACCAUUUGCUGACGUCCGUGAUGUCAGCUAUUUCAAAGGAGAACAACGAAUUCUCUUUUCCAUGCAUGCCAUCUUUCGUAUUGGACCAAUGAUACAAAUCGAUGGAAACAAUCGUCUUUGGCAAGCUGAUUUAACAUUGACGGGUGAUAACGAUCCUGAUCUACGAGCGCUUAAUGAACAAACACGUAAAAACACUUAUCCUCAUCUCCAAGGAUGGGAUCGUUUGGGUAAAAUACUGACCAAAUUAGAACAGCUCAACAAAGCUCAAGAUGUGUAUGAUAUUUUGCUCGAUCAAGCAUCGACUGAUCGUGAAAAAUCAUUAAUUUAUCAUAUGCUAGGAAUGGUCAAACGCGGUCAAGGUAAAUAUGCAGAUGCUGUUGCUUAUUAUCAACAAUCCAUUGAACUCAAACAGAAGACUCUUUCACCAUCAGAUCCUAAUUUAGCUGCUUCUUACAACAAUAUUGGUUUGGUUUAUGACAAAAUGGGUGACUAUUCAAAUGCACUUUUAUCUCAUCAAAAAGCACUGGAAAUCUGCCAAAAAGAUCUUCCUUCUAAUAAUCCUAAUUUGGUGACUAUAUACAACAACAUUGGUUCUGUGUAUAACAAAAUAGGUGAUUAUCCGAAUGCACUGUCAUCUCAACAACAAGCAUUAAAAAUUCGUGAACAAACACUUUCUUCAAAUCAUCCUGAUUUGGCUACUUCCUACAGCAACAUUGGUUCUGUUUAUCAUAACAUGGGUGACUACUCGAAUGCACUUCCAAUUCAUCAAAAAGCAUUGGAAAUACGCCUAAAAAUACUUCCUUCAAAUCAUCCUGAUUUGGCUACUUCCUACAACAACAUCGCUUCUGUGUACAACAAGAUGGGUGAUUGUUCCAAUGCACUUUCAUCUCAUCAAAAAGCCCUGGAGAUUCGUCAAAAAAUUCUUCCUGCAAAUCAUGCCGAUUUGGCUACUUCGUACAACAACAUUGGUUCGGCGCAUGCCAGCAUGGGUGACUAUGCGAAUGCACUCCUACUUCUUACAACAACAUGGGUUUAA